AUGACCACAUUUUCCUCCCCGGUCACCGCACCUCGAUCGAUGCCCACCAACCAGUCGGCAUUGGCGGCAUCCUUCACCAGUUUCCUCACCGUCUCCAUCCACCAGAUCCUCUUCCUCCGCUCGGUCUACCCGCGCGCCACCUUCUUACCCGUCCGGGCCUACAACUAUCCCGUCCGACAGUCCCGUCACCCCAAGGUGUGUGACUACAUCAACGACGCCUCCAUCGCCGUCGAUGCCGAGAUCCUCAAGGGCUCCAUCACCGCCGUCAGCAUCAUCAUCUCCUCCCUGCGCACGAACCAACCCCUCGAACGAUAUGCCUUCGACCUGUCCGGCUUCCCUCGCGUCCCCGCGGGCGAGGUGAACACCACCUUUGACGACCGGCGGGAGGAUCCCUCCAACAAGACCGGCGUCCCCGUCCCCGACCGAGGGGCCACCCCGACCCCCGACCUCGAAGCCCAGUUUCGCGCCUGCCUGGCCCGAUUGGCCUCCGCCUGCGCCCGCCUGACCCCGUUGCCCCGAGAUGACGAGUUCAGCUUCACCGUCUGCAUCGAAGUCCAGGAAGACGCCCUCCCCCCGGCGGGUACCACCACGGAAGAGCAGACGUGGAUUGUGGCCGAACCGGGCAAGGUGCACCUGCGGUCCUGUACCGCGCCAUACUCCGUCUCGAAGUUGAAGAACGGCGAGCCCCAACCACCUCCCCCCACAGUGUCCAACGGUCGGGCCAAAACGGUGCCUGUACGACGCGUAGAAGCCGGGGAGCUUCGUUUGGAACUGUGGGUGGAAGAGGCACGACAGAAAUUUAAUGAGCCGGUGGAUUCGGAACAUCCGCCAUGA